UUUUAUUCUAUAAAACAACUAGUAGUUAUAGCAAAACAAUAGUAAGAAGCUUGUUAGUUUCUUAAACUAUCUCUGCCUCAAAAACAAACUACGGUUUGCAUCCUCCAUCAUCCUCUUCCAUUGCAUUAUUUUUUUUUUCAUUCCUGUUAAUAUGGAAGUGCCUCAAGACAUUGCUUUUGAGAUAUUUUCUUGGUUACCUGCAAAAAGUAUUUGUAAGUUCACAUCAACUUGCACUUCAAUAUAUAACUUUUCAAAAGAAACCUUUUUCAAAACAAAACAGGCUCGUAAUUUGUUGGGGGCCGACGAUUCUUGUUUUUUUAUUCAACCUGAUCAAGUUAGCCAAAGGUAUGAAAAAAGAGUCGAAUUACUUUCUUUACCUAUGGAGCAACCGUCAUCGGGUGUCCCCUAUGAUGCUCUCACAUUCUUAUCAAAUUCAGCUAGUGUAUUAGCUUCUAGUAAUGGUUUGCUUCUUUGUCACACCAUCGAUUCAAUUGAGUUGUUUAUAUGCAAUCCAAUUACAAAGUCUUGUCUUUUCAUUCCUACUCCAGAGUCACUUCAAAAAAGUCGUAAUUUUUGUAGUAUAAAUCUCAUGUUAGAUUGUUCUCACGGAUCCGCAGAUGAUUACUACGUGUUUCUUUUGGAAACCACAUUGGAUUGGUGGCCAACAUGUUAUACAUGCAAUGUUUAUCAUGGCAAAGAAGGUGUGUGGAAAACAAUGGAACAUAACUUUUACACGGGUGAAAGGGCCAUGGAAUUUGACAUGCCUGUGUUUCAUCGUGGAGCACUUCAUUUUAUCUCAGAUAGCACUCCUUACAUUGUAAAAUCAAGUUCUUUUUAUAAGCCAUAUAUAAUGUCUUAUAAUUUAGAGAAUGGAAAUUCAGAAAUGCUUAAGUUGCCAAAGGAAGCUAUCAAAGAUUGUCAUGACUGUAACAUGGGCAUAUUCAAUUGGGGCAAAGUAUCAAGCUCAAAUCAAUCCAUUUGCUUGGUGAAAUUGAAGAAAUUUGCUUUUACUGUGUGGUGUUUAAGAGAUUAUAAAUCAGGUACUUGGCAAAAGGUUUUGAAAAAGAGAGUGAAGGCAUUGGGUUUAAAGGAGAAAUAUCCUCAUGUUACCGGAUUUAUGGUGAUGAACGGUCAUCUUUUAGUUUUUGCAACCGAAGAAAAUGUUUAUAGUUGUGAUUUGGGCGAUGAAAAAUGUAUGAUGGUAGAAGAAGUAGGUCAGCACAACUGUGGACUUCAUCCUCGCUUUAUACCAUACUCAGGUACUCUUCGUUCGUGUGGAACUAAUGCAAACUCACGUGCUCUUCGUUCGUGUGGAACUAAUGCUCGAGAUAUGCAUUGUUAA